AUGUUUUCAGACGAAGUGUUUACUAUAUUUAAUGAACAGAAUUGUACAAAAUGGCAGAAAGAAAAUCCGAAUCCAUUAAAAGACCUAUCUAUUGUAAAUAAUACAGAAUCUGAAAAUACAGAUGAAGCAUCUAAGCAUAAGAGAAUUAAACUAGAGGAUAAAGAAGAAAAUCAUUUAAUUGUAACAGAUAGUUUUGAAACACAGGGAACAUUUGAGGUUCCUGAGUCUCGUGGACUUGUAGAUAAUGAAGAAAAUACAGGAAAUGACGUAAAAUCUGGAUCAGUGACAUUAAGUCAUCAGGUUAGACAUCAGGUUGCUUUACCAGUAAAUUAUAACUAUAUCCCAAUAUCUCAACAUGUACCACCAGCAGAACCAGCACGAAAAUAUGAAUUUGAACUAGAUCCGUUUCAAAAAGUUGCUAUUGCAUCUAUUGAGAAGAAUGAAAGCGUUCUUGUUAGUGCACAUACAAGUGCAGGGAAAACAGUAAUAGCAGAAUAUGCAAUUGCACAAAGCUUGCGCGACAAACAACGUGUCAUUUAUACAAGUCCGAUUAAAGCACUCAGUAAUCAAAAAUAUCGAGAAUUGUUAUCUGAAUUUGGAGAUGUUGGACUUAUGACAGGAGAUGUGACAAUUAGUCCUAAUUCUAGCUGCUUAGUAAUGACUACAGAAAUUCUUCGAUCAAUGUUAUAUAGAGGUUCUGAAGUGAUGCGUGAAAUGGCAUGGGUUAUUUUUGAUGAAAUUCACUAUAUGCGUGAUAAAGAACGAGGAGUUGUUUGGGAAGAAACAAUUAUUCUUCUUCCUGACAAAGUGCAUUACGUUUUUCUUUCUGCUACUAUCCCUAACGCUAUGCAAUUUGCAGAAUGGAUUUGCAAAACACAUGUUCAACCGUGUCACGUUGUGUAUACUGAUUUUCGUCCAACACCUUUACAACAUUAUAUAUUUCCAGCAGAUGGUGACGGAAUUCAUCUAGUUGUUGACGAAAAAGGUGUUUUUCGCGAAGAUAAUUUUCAAAAGGCUAUAAGUGUUCUUACAGAAAAAUUCGAAGAUCUUGAUACUUUUUCUAAGAAAUCAGGAAAAAAAAAAAAGACAGGAAAAAGUAGUCAAAAAGGACCGUCUGAUAUAUAUAAAAUUAUAAAAAUGAUAAUGAUUAAAAACUAUAAUCCCGUCAUUGUUUUUAGUUUUAGUAAGCGCGAUUGUGAAAAUUUAGCUUUACAAAUGAGUAAACUUGACAUGAAUGAUGAUUCUGAACGAGAUUUAAUCUCAUCCGUAUUUAAUAAUGCUAUUAAUUCACUUUCAGAAGUAGAUCGACAAUUACCACAAAUCCAAUAUAUACUUCCAUUAUUGCGUCGCGGUAUUGGCAUUCAUCACUCUGGUCUAUUACCUAUUUUAAAAGAAGUCAUUGAAAUACUUUUUCAAGAAGGCCUUAUUAAAGUUCUUUUUGCAACAGAAACAUUUUCUAUUGGUCUAAACAUGCCUGCUAAAACGGUUGUUUUUACUAAUGUUAGAAAAUUUGAUGGAAAAGAUUUCAGAUGGAUUUCGUCAGGAGAAUAUAUCCAAAUGUCAGGAAGAGCAGGAAGAAGAGGACUCGAUGAUCGUGGCAUUGUAAUUCUUAUGAUUGAUGAAAAAAUGGAACCUCCUAUUGCAAAAAAUAUGCUCAAAGGAGAAGCCGAUCGCUUAGAAUCAGCAUUUCAUUUGGGCUACAAUAUGAUUUUAAAUCUUAUGCGAGUAGAAGGUAUUUCUCCAGAAUUUAUGCUUGAACGCUCUUUUUAUCAAUUCCAAAAUAACGCAGAAGUCCCAAAAAUUGAGAGCGAACUUUUAAAAUUAGAAAGAGAAAGAGAUAAUAUUGUAAUUGACGAUGAAUUUAAUGUGGCAAAUUAUUAUGAAUUAAGGCAACAAUUAGAAGCAUAUUCUAAUGAAAUGCGUAAUAUUAUAAAUCAUCCAGAUCAUUGUCUUCGAUUUAUGCAACCUGGAAGACUUGUAAGAGUAAAAGAUAAACUUUCAGAUUUUGGCUGGGGUGCAGUUGUAAAUUAUUGUAAACGAGUUUCCCCUAAAGGAUCUUCUCAAGAAUACCCACCUCAUGAAUCAUAUAUUAUUGAUGUUCUUUUAUGGGUCGCAGCAGACUCACAAGUUACAAAAGCUAAUCAGAAUUUUACACAAGGAAUUCGUCCUCCAAAGGGAGAUGCUGGAAAAAUGGAGGUUAUACCAGUAUUAUUAUCUUCUAUUGACGGAAUCGGUCAUAUACGUAUAUUCCUUCCAAAAGACCUUAACCCACUAGAUCAACGUCUUACAGUAUAUAAGUCUAUAGAAGAAGUAAAACGUAGAUUCCCUGAUGGGAUUGCUUUACUUGAUCCAAUUGAAAAUAUGAAUAUUAAAGACGAAUCAUUGAAAAACCUUUUACGUAAAAUAGAAAUUUUAGAACACAAAAUAUUAACAAAUCCUUUCUUUAAUUCACAACAACUUCCUGAAUUAUAUGAAAAAUAUACUAGGAAAAUGGCAAUUAAAUCUCAAAUUAAGGCUACAAAAAAGAGAAUAUCUGAAACUCAAUCUAUCAUACAAAUGAAUGAACUUAAAUGCAGAAAAAGAGUUCUUAGAAGAUUAGGCUUUACAACAUCUGAAGACAUCAUCGAAAUGAAAGGACGAGUUGCAUGCGAAAUUAGCACAGGAGAUGAGUUAAUCUUGACAGAAAUGAUCUUUAACGGAGUUUUUAAUAAUCUUACAUCCGAGCAAUGUGCUGCAUUGCUAAGUUGCUUUGUUUUUCAAGAAAAAAGUGAGGAAGCUCUAAAACUUAAAGAAGAAUUGGCAUCUCCACUACGUGCAAUGCAAGAAAUAGUACGACGUAUCGCUAAAGUCUCUCGUGAAAGCAAACUAGACAUUGUCGAAGAAGAAUAUGUUAACCAGUUCAAACCUACAUUAAUGGAUGUCGUCUACACUUGGGCUCAAGGAAAAUCCUUCUUUCAAAUCUGCAAAAUGACCGACGUUUAUGAAGGCUCGAUUAUACGUGCCUUCCGAAGGCUAGAAGAACUUUUAAGACAGAUGUCUUCUGCUGCUAAAGUCAUUGGCAACCUCGAACUCGAGGCAAAAAUGAACAAUGCCAUCACUCUUAUCAAACGUAUACAUUCUUCCAUCCUUCUUUACCAUCUCUCACUCAUUAAUAGGUGA